AUGUUGAUGAUUCAAUGUUACCUACAUUCUCAAGAACUGACUAAUUUUUUAUUAAUAUUUAACCUUGUACCAUUCAUAUUUUAUUUUAUUUUUUUACUUAACAUCAUUUACAGAUGCAAAGUUCUUAUUGUUGGUGGUGGUUCAGGAGGCUGUGCCUUGGCUGCCAAAUUAUCAUCGAAAUUGGGCAAAAAUAGUGUUAUCGUUGUAGAUCCAGCUGAUAAACAUUAUUAUCAACCCAUGUUCACAUUGAUUGGUGGCGGUAUGAAAACUGUGGAACAAAGUUACAAACCCAUGGCUAAGGUAUUGCCCAAAAAUAUUGAAUGGAUUAAGGAAAAGGCCGAACAUUUCGAUCCCAAUAAUAAUACAGUGACAACAUCUUCGGGUCACGAAAUUAAAUACGAUAUGUUGUUGCUGGCAGCUGGUCUGCAAUUAAACUACAAUAAGAUUCCAGGUCUGUUGGAUGCCUUGGCCAUACCAAACGGCAAGGUGUGUUCGAUUUAUUCACCAUUAUAUGUUGACAGAACCUAUAAUUGUUUGCGCAACAUUGAAGAGGGUAAUGCCAUAUUUACUUUCCCCAGUUCACCCGUUAAAUGUCCCGGUGCACCACAGAAAAUUGUCUACAUUUCUGAACAUUAUUUCCGUAAGAUGAACAAACGUAAUAAAAUCAAUGUUACCUACAACACAGCUCUUCCCGUUAUCUUUGGCGUUAAACAUUAUGCCGAUGCCUUGUGGCCAAUUGUCAAGAAGCGUAACAUUCAAGUUAAUACUCGUCGCAACUUGAUUGAAAUUAAACCAGAAAGUGAUAUUGCCAUUUUUGAAAAUCUUGAUAAACCUGAAGAGAAAUUCGAAGAAAAGUAUUCAAUGCUGCAUGUCGUUCCACCAAUGAGCACACCAACUGAAUUGGCCAACUGCAAAGAAUUGGUAAACGAAGCUGGUUUUGUCGAUGUCAACAAGGACACAAUGCAACAUGUAAAAUACUCAAAUGUUUUUGCCAUUGGUGAUUGUUCGGCCUCUCCCAACUCCAAGACAGCGGCUGCAGCAGCUGCCCAAUCACCCGUUGUCUUCAACAAUAUGAUGGCUGUGAUGAAGGGUAAAGAUUGUAACAAAGUCUAUGAUGGUUAUGCCUCUUGCCCCCUGGUAACUGGUUAUAAAACAUGUAUAUUGGCUGAAUUCGAUUACAAUUUGCAACCAUUGGAAACAUUCCCAGUUCCACAGAAUAAGGAACGUUAUAGUAUGUUCUACAUGAAAAAGGAUAUGAUGCCGAUACUUUAUUGGCAUAUUAUGUUGAAUGGCUAUUGGAAUGGUCCGGCAUUGAUGCGUAAUAUGUUGUCCGUCUUUAAAUUUGGCAAAAACUAAACAUCCCUUAAAGUA